AUGAAUAAUUUAACCAUUUCUUAUAUUAUCUCUGUUUUUGUUUUUAUUUAUAAUUUAUCAUCAAUAAUUGUUUGCUCUAUUAGAAAUUCCUUAAUCAACAUCAUCAACAACAUCUUCAAUAGCAAUAGUGGUAUUUUAGAAAGCAAUUCAUCAGGCAUCAAAAUUUCAUUAAGUGAAUAUAAUCACUAUAAAGAAUUGUUAUUAAAAUCAAAUGAUAAUAGUUCAAUAUUAAGUGCCAUAAAAAGAUUAUCAUUAAUGGACUUAGUCAAUUUUUUAGAUGCCCAAGAAAUAGAAACACUCAUUAAUAGCAUAUUAAAAUUAGCAUUUUUUUCAUUAGCUAGUAAUAGUGUAUCAGAUGAAAUUAGAGCCAAUAGUAGUUUAUUGGUAUCAAAUUUAAUUAUCAAGGGAUGGUUCAACCCAAAUUCAUCAGAGGAAACCAUCAAGUUUUUGGAAGAAACACUCGCAUGUAUGUAUAACUGCAUUUCAAACCCAGAAAAGGUUGAAUUUAAACAAACAGAAGUUGCAGUCUUAAUAUUUAUGCAUUUUGGAAAUGCUAAAAAAGAAUAUCAAAAAAGUAAUAAAAUACAUCAAUUCCAAAAUUUAAUAGACAAAGUUUAUCAAAGCUCCUUAGACCUCCAUAUAAAACUAGGAUUUUAUGAAGCAAAAGAAGACCACUGUCUAUUACGUUCAAAUACAUACAAUGUUCUUUGGUCAUUAUAUGACUCCAUCAGCGACGAUUUCAUUCCAAAACACAUUAAAUCCCAACAAGCCUGA